AUGACUACAACAGCUAAUGAUAUUUUGACUAUAUCAGAAGAUCUAGAUCUGUCAAACAAAAAUGAUGUAGUCCAAUCAGAAAAGAACAAACAGAGUUCACCUCUACCUGAUUCAUUACCCGUUCACAACAAAUUGGUAAUUGAUGAACCAAAAACAUCAACAAUAGAGAUUCCAGUAAAGAAAAGGAAAUUCUACAAAUGUCAAAUUAAUAUAAAUGAUAUCGUUGAUAGUAAUAAAGAUUCAUCGAUUGAUCAAACGGUUCAAAAUUGGAAAACAAUGUGUGAUGAAACAACUGAUUUAAUGAAAGAUUUACUUGAACAAUCUAAAAAAGAAGAAAACACACAGGAGAGUUUGAAAAUAAUGGCUGAAUUUGAAGAAAAAUUAAGAAAGAUUCGUGAUAGUAUGAAAAGAGAUUUCAAUGAAUGA